AUGAGCGAGCAUCCGGGUGCACCCCAUGAUUCCGUCGCAACGAUUACCGCGGCGGGUCAUGGUGGUGCCGCCCCCGCCAUCGAUAACGGCGGGUGGCAUACCGGACCCUGUGCUGUCAGGGCCCUGGUCGAUGAAGCCAUUGGGUCGGAAGCAUCCGCGCGCAUCGCCACCGAUAUUCUGGCGAUCGCGCAGGGUGUGACCAACACCCAGGCCGACCUCGAUAGACUGAGGAACGGCGUCUCGGAUAUCACCGAAGCGCUUGAGAGCAAGAUCCGAGACAUGUGGGAGCUUCUUCAGGCCGAAUUGAGGAAAGAGCGUGAGCUGUUCAUGCAGUUUCAGGACUCUUUCCGCGAGAGGCGGAUUUCUGAUCACGAGACGCUUGAAGAUCAUUUUGCGAAGCUCACCUCGACGAUCAAUGAUCGACUUAUUGAGUUCGAUGAGCGGAUCCAUCAGUUCAACGAAAAGCGUGCUGGAUCGCUAUCCAUGCAGCUUGCCGAGACGAUCCGCCACAUCAAGCAGUACCCAGACGCGCUGCGGCAGAUUCAGAUCAAUAUCUCUAAUGCCGAAGCGCGCGUUGCUGCUGUGGAGCAGAAUGCUACUCACCGCAUCGAAGUCAUCAGAUCCGAGAUGAGUCGCGCUCUCUACGAUCAUAAGGAGAGUAACCGAGCUCAUAUCGAUCAGCUGACUGCUCGAAUCCAGCACCUCGAGAACGCUCAUGUCCGCAGAGGCGGUUCUGAUAGAUCGACGCCUUCGCGUCCAGAACGAACGCAGUUCUUCGAUAUCAGUGACCAUGGUGGGGAUAUUCCACGCCCUGCGGACCUGCCGCCAGUUCCAGGUGCUCUAUUCCCUGGCGGACCGACUACGGCCAUUCCGAGGUCUUCCCUGUUGGGUCCGAUCGAUCAUGGCUCUCCGCCGGGAUGCAAUGCUGCGCCUGCUGAAAAGGCCUCAACGGUUCACUCUCAGACGAGUGGAAUCAAUCUCGAUGAAAUUCUGAGGAAGAUCGCCGAAUCAGGCCGUUCCUUCCGCAAAUGCCGCCGGAGCGACUUCCGGUCAAGCCCGACCUUCCCAUGCCAAAUCUCCUAUGACACUCGAACUGUCCCGGCAGGGAAGGGACCGUCACGAUGGUAUGAUGCGAUGCUUGGCCGAUCGAAUCUCAUUGGCAACGGUGCUGGCGCACCAAUUCUCCAUAGUGAGACCGGUACUUUUACCCUUGCGCCGAACACGAGCGUUACUGCGACGCUUCAGCAUGAUGCGGCCAAUGAUGCCAUGCCCCCGAUGCCCACCUUCAGUGCCAGAACGUCCAUUCCUGCACCCAGUGCCGCGCCAUCCGGAUUUGGUGGACCGCCUCCCGCGUAUAACGGAGGCGGCGGUUAUUCUGGUGGUGAUGGCCCCAACGAUAAUGGGGGUGCAUAUGGCGGUGGCUUCGGAGGACAUGGGCACCACGGGUCCGGUUUUGGUCCCGGUGGCGGUGGUGGCCCACCCGACGGCCCACCUGGUGGUCCGCCUGGUGGUGGUGGCCCUCCUGACGGGAGUGGUCCGCCCGAUGGCGGCCUUGAUCCGCCUAGCAUCAGGCCCUCCGGUCGGCCGAGUGGGAACGAUACGUUCCAGUGCGAGCGAUGCACCGGAACUUUCCCGACCAUCGUGCGACGGUCGUGCAUCUCUUGCCGUUUCUCGUGUUGCAACGGUUGUUGCCGAGAUCCUUUGAGAAUCUGUCUCGUGUGUCUUGAGAGACAGACUGGGAAUCCACCUGGUCCCAACGAUUCGGGAUUCGGUGGACCCAAGGGCGAUGGAUCACUGAGCGAGGCCAAGAAGGCGAAGUGCAAGUCCUUUCGUCUCGAUCCUGAGCCGGAGCCUGCUCAGUUGCGACGCUGGAUCGUCGAUAUGAAAGAGCGAGUCGCGAAUGCAUUCGCCUACGAUCCAGGAUACGCACUAUCAUGGGUUGAGAUUCCCGAUGGUACACGGUAUGAGGAUCUCCUCGAUGAGUGCAAGUACGGAAUGCUUGAAAACGAAUGCAACUCUGCAUUCCGUGAGUGCGUCCGAUCUAUUGCACUGAAGAAUAAGAUCCAGACCGAGACCGAGCGCAUGCAUACGAUAAACCGGCGACUCGGAAGUAGGCAGAUCUUGUGGCUAUUGUACGAUUUCCUUCGACCACAUGUCACCGGCGAUUCGACUUUCAAGCUCGUUGACCUGAUGAAGACCACGAUUGAUCGGUUUACUCAUGGAUCCGAGCAGGAAAGGUUAGAAGCCUUCUCCAAUCGGUGGGAUCAUGUUCUCGCUGGUAUCUCAGUCGAUCGCCCCGAGGAUCCUGUUCUCUGCGCUCUCUUUUAUGAGCAGGUGCGUGAGUUCCGCUGUCUCGAGCUCGACAUGCAGCUAUGGGACAGGGACGUAUCCGUACGGAACUACGCAUACUUGCGAACCGUCUGCGUCAAUGCGAUUACAACUUGGCGCCGUCGACGCAAUCAGGAGAAGAUGUACACCGCUACGAGGUCUACUUCUGCGCAGAGACGAUACGCUGAGCUCGCCGAGGCGCUCGUCACCCAGACGAUCCUCCCCGCGACGCGGAUCGCCAAGACGAUAUUCCCGCAGUCCGAGACGAGCAGCUCCCGCGCCGACUCGCCCAAUGCAAUGACAGCAUCCUCCUAUGGAGACUUCGCCUUCGCUUGCGUUGCAUCAUUCGAUAUGGCAUGUCCGUCAGUCAAGCGGAAGACAGUGUCGUUUGGGAAUACUGAGACCCGCGUGAUAGAGUCUUCUUUCCCGGAGCCAAACUUCGGUCCCGUCAAUCGCGAGAGGAAUUUGAACUAUUCGUGGCCGGAAGAUAUCCGUGGUCUGAAUAGUGCUCGCGAGAGGCGAAGGGCGCACAUGAAGGCUGUGCUUUGGAGAGAGCAGGUUUUGCUCGAUGACGUUGAUGCCAAAACCCUAGGUGAUGAUGCUUGUGUUCUUGAGCUCACGCUUUCUCAGCGGAGCGCUUGCGAGGUCUUUGCUGCUGCUGUCAAGUCUAUUAAGAGGGUCCGGAGACUAAUGCUCGACUCCGGUGUUGCUCAUAUGCGCAUUGACGGCCUCGAUGAGCUGAUUGAAGCUUAUGUGCUGGAGAGCACACCAAGUCUUCUUUCCCUAGGGAAACGAUGCAAGGAGCUUGGUUACCGAUUUAUCUGGGAACCCUUUUGUGAUCCGAUAUUCUUUGAUCCCAAAGGGAGACAACUCAAGAUUGAUGUUAUCAAUAACAUCCCCUACCUCGCUCCGAGCGAAACCGAGGUAGUCGCGGGUCGACCUGAUCUCCCUCGUGUGUAUCCGGCACUCCCAGCACCGAUCAUUAUUCACGAGAAGAUCGUGGCUGCGGGUGAAGAACCUGUGGGCGAGCUAGACGACAUUGGUGAGCUCGAUCUUGAUAUGCCUGGUGCUAAGAGUGCCCAGAAAAGUGCACCUGACGAUAUCAAGAAGGGGAGGACGAAUGCCGACACGCUUCGAGCGUUCCAGCAGGUCUUUGGCGACCUUCAAGAUGUGAACUCGUUCUCCAUGGAUGUGGAGAGAAGGUAUGCACCGUCUGCGAUCCGGGAAAUCUACUGUGAUAAAGCCCGUGAGUUCAUAUCGACCUGCAAAAGAGUCGGCAUCUCUGUAAAACAUUCCACUCCUGGCAUGCCUCGCACUAAUGCCAUUGCCGAGAGCAAGGUGAAGCUUGUCCUUCAUGGCGCACGAGUGGCGCUUCGACAAGCGGGACUGAGCGCCAAAUUCUGGCCCUGUGCGUGCAAGCACUUUUGUCAUGCUCGCAACAUCGAGUUACGCGAAGGACAAAGUGCGUAUUCGCUACGAUUUAAUGGUGCCGAAUUUGACGGUCAGGUUCUCCCAUUCGGAUGUCUUGUAGACUUCUAUCCCACGCCGGCACGAAAACAAACCCGACGUAGUCAGAAAGAUGAAGUCGUACUCGGCGAUGGUGAGGAAUAUGCCGUACCUGCGCCUGGAAGUGAUGGAUUGGUCGAAGUCGAGGUUGGAUUCGAUGAUGAUGGUUAUCUCGAGUGGAUCGACGAUGGAGACGACGAUCGACCUGGAUCCCUCCAAGGACCGGACAUGGAUCAAGGCCUAUCGUCCUACCAGCGCCCCAGCAAAUUCUCUCCCACGAGCAAACCCGGUGUGUUUCUGGGUUACCACUUCGAGAAUGGGGGCAGGUGGGAUGGUGACUAUAUAGUCGCCGACCUUGAAGAUUUCAAGCGCGACGCACUGCGUGCGAGCGUCCAUCAGGUCAAGAAGCUAUACUGCUCACCCAAGGAGCGAUGGACAUUUCCGAUGCUGGCUGUAUACGAUAAACAGACACGAUCAGUGUGCAUCAACGAUCCCGCGAUGCAUUCUACUGUGCCUAAGCCAAGUGAGCGUCUUGACGCCUCCGACAUGCUCGAUCUCGAAGAUAUCGAUGAAAUCUUCGCCCUUGAUGAGUCAACGCGAAUGACCGAUGAUGAUAUUCGCCAAGCUCGCGAGGCUGAGUUACGAGCAGAGUCCUCUCAUGGAGGAGGUGUUGACUACUGGGAGUAUGACCCAUCUGUGCAUAAAUGGACGUAUCACGUCGUUGUUCCAAGGAAAGCGAUGGUUCAUCCCAGUAAGACUCCCGGUUCCGUCGGGGAGUCGCCUGAUCCAUGGAAGCUGAGCACGGUGCGUAUAUCACAUGUUCAAUACAAGGACAAAAGCCCGGUUACGAUCUAUGAGACCGGGUAUGCCUUCGGCAAAACUAGACUCAUGCAGCUCUGGACCGGCACUGUCGAAUUUUAUGAUGACGGCUAUGCCCCACCCAAGAAGAAGUUACCUCCAUACCACGGGUCGGAGAUCCUGGAAGGCGAGGGGGGUUUGCCUUAUCGUCAGAGUGUGCCGCGUUCCGAGCGGGCAUAUAAAGGGUCUCGAAAACCGAACUCUAUCGAUUCAGAAUCCUGGCGCAGUAUGAACCGCGCCGAACGGGAGGGAUAUGUAGAGGCUGAGCGCCGAGAAGCUGAGUCUCAUGCCAUGUCCCGAGAGGAUUCUCGCGAUGUUGCUCCUGUCGACAUCGCUUACGAUUCUGAAUAUGAGUCGGGUGCCGAACGGCAUGACAAGGAUUACUGGUAUCACGAUGUCGCAGCUGGCACGAUCACCCGAUUUCAUGUGAUCGAACGCCGAGCGCGCUUCAACCCUACCUCCGUCAAAGAUUGUCCCGUUGACCCUGCAACAUUGACCGAUGUCAGGAUGACUAUGGCCAUGACUGACGGUACCGAGUUCACGUUGCAGGACUCAUGGAGAUCAUCCGACACUCGGUCUCUGCCGUGUCGAUGGACGGGAAAGACGGUCUUCGUUAUCGGUUCUUCCGCCAAAACGCAGAUUAAAGUUCGAACCCGUAUGCCGAACGCCGAUGACACGGGGCGCCGCGUGCAGACUGCGAAUGGCUAUUAUGGACACGCAUUGCGUGCAAAGGGCCGUACUGUCGUACCUGCCAAAUCUCGCGCCUGUGUCGUUACGGAUCUUGAGUUUGAGCCCCCGGGUGGUAUGUCCGCCCGUCUUCAGCCGCUUCGCGGCAGUGGCCUCGAUGUUUGCCCGGCCAUGUACACAUACAAUGAAGGGGCAUCUCAGCCCGGUGUUGACGUCCUUAAUCCUACCGACUACGACAUUAUAGUCGAGCCCGGACAAGACGUUGCUGUGGUUCAGUUUUACACUUCCGUUCUGGCAGCGGUUGAACUCGACUUCACCGCAGAAGACGUGGCAUGUGAUGUUUCUGCACCGGUUGAACCAUCCGAUGACGGCAACGCUGUUGAUACAGAACCCAAGAAGGCGUUUCCCGAGCUGACGUUUGGUGAUCGCGACACCAGUGUCGCGCAGGGCUCUGUUGGUCCUCGAGAAAUUCGCAUGAUCAAAUACGAUAUGCGAUCGUUCAUGGAACAAUGUGUUUCUCGCUAUGUUGAGCUCUGUGGCCCUAAGUAUAAGGCCACCUUGCGGUCGGCUGAUACGCCCUUCCUCGAUGAAUCACGACCGGAGUUCGAUACCAAUCCGGAUCGACCUGCUGUGAACCGCUUAUUGGGCCAUCCCGCUGACACGCCUGUGCCUCCUGGUAAGGGCGUUCUCGGAAAGAACAAGCAGCCACCGAAGAAGGCUGCUGCCAAGACACCGGCUGCCCGAUCACCCCAGCCGAAGUCUCCCUCGCUAUGCAGGGAAGGCCUUCCGAGCGGUGCGGUCGCACCGACUACGGAAAGGCCUCCUGUUCCGCCGAUUCCCACGGAGCAGGAUGAUUCCAACAUGGGUACCGAUGAAGCCCCUGUCCCGAUUCAGACCCCGAGAGAUGAGUCCACAGGGGGUGGAAAGCGCUCCGAGGACAUUCCGAUAGGAUUGAGGAUGAAGAUGAUGAUGCUGAAGAUUGGGAUUCAAGAGAUCCCACAGGCCUCAAUCUGGCAACGCCUCGAGCAGCUGACAUGCAACUCUGGGUACGAUCUCAAGCUGCACCAGCUGGUUGACUCCUUCCUUCUCACUACUCAUCCGCUUGCGGAUAAGCAGAGGAAGCAGUACCCCCAAGAGUUUAUGGAUUUCAUCGACCGAUACAGGGUGAUGCGCGCUCUUGCAUUUUCCCGAGUGGCGACGUUGUCUGGUGACGCCGCGGGGGUCCGCGAGAAAAUGGACCUUACGAUGGCGCUGGCUCGCCACUGUAUGCUUUUCCAGGCGCAAAGCUUUAAGGGAUCCCGAGAUAUGCUGAGCAACGAUACGCUCCAGCUCAUGGGAACCUGCUACAUCCCGUCGCCUCUUGCGAGCUGGAACCGAAAUCUCAUGGGAUAUAGCAGUUCGACUGCUGAACAGCGAUGGUUUAGGACCGAUACGAGUAUCAAACACAACGACCUCACCAAGCUGUCGCCCAUAGAGUUGUCAAGGGAGGCGGUCAGCCAGGCUGAAGCUGUGAAGUUCUUCAAGGGAUUUCUGCAGCUCAGGCCGACGCUAUCAUUCAUCCCUGGAGCGUUUCUGGCGCUCAAGGCUCUUAACCGAUUUCCCACGCUGGACUCUUUGAAAGAGCAAGCAACUCACCUCGAUAACGAUCGCAAGGAACACGGCUACGAUCUUCCUGCCGUGGACGCGAACGGGAUCGGGGAAGCCUACCCCGGCCGGUGCGUUAGCAUCGAUGAUACGCUCAACUGGGGAGCCAGCACCCCUAUGACCUAUGAGGACGGUGCGGGGCAGACUACCAUCCGCCCGACUGAUGGAUGGGUGUAUGUCCCCGCGAUGAAUUCGGACAUAUACGAUCCUCAGGAAACGUUCCUUCACGGAACGAACCUCCGAUACCUCUGGUCGAUUCUUGCACACGGAGGUCUGUUCGGGGAGGAUUACGUGACGGACGAUCAUGGAAGUCACGAACCCUGUGUCUGGGUGACUGGACACGCUUCCGAGGCUGCCAGUAGCUACGCGUCUGGCACAUACCUCGGAGGAGGAUACUGGUUUCAAGUGAUGAUCUGCGUCUCCCGGACUGUGGUGAACACCCACGGUCGCACGACGAAGAAGCUGGGAGGAUCCCAGAAACAGAUCCGCGUCGGAACUCGAUUCCUCGAGCUGUGCGGGAUCGCGUUCAGGCCCUUCCGCCUUCUGGAUGACCGCGAGCAAGGGGUUUCUACCUCUCCACAAUACGUCAUCCAUGGUCACCGAUUCCUUAGUGCCGACGGGACAAAAGCUGUGGCCUGGCACCCAUGGAUGGAAGCGAGCCCGAUUGAUCCUCGCAUUCUGAAGCUGCUGGGAGAAAGCGUCGCUCGCGACAGUGUCGAGUUUGCCGACCUCACGAUUCAAGGGGGCAACACUACUCAACAGGUUGCUUCCACCGAGACGGAACAAUCUAGGGCGACCGCGGCUGACGAUCAGGCUGCGGAGGGUGAAAAUGAGGCGACGGAUCGAGUCACAGUCCACCCAGCAGUGCUUCGCCGCAACCACUGGAUGCCUGACUCUCACGGGACCAGUGAACACGCCACUGUCGGUGGCAGGUAUGCCUUGCUAUCCGAACUUCAAUCCUCCAGCUACCGAUUCGAGCUUGCUCCAUUCUUUCAGCUUCGAGCACCCAUCAUGGGAGAGGAAGGAAGCCAAGGUUUGCCAAAGCCUGCAAGGCUCGAGACGAUUGUCGGAGGACCCUCCAAGGAGUGGGAGGCAUGGUGCAGACACUACCGAAAGGCAUACGGUGUCAUGCUCGGGAACUUCGGCUACACGCCCGCCAAGAGCCUCAAGAAUAUCCCGUACAGUGAAGAAGGAACAACGGAUAUUGUUAGUGCGCCGAUUUGGGGCUCGGCCGAUGCACUUGUGGCCGUAUCGAUCCAUGGGGUCAGAACGGUCACGACCAUGGCCUCCACGAUUGCAUUUGGGGGUGCACCGCCAACGAUCAAGCCGGCGGUGCCCAGCAAACCGCAGAGAUUCGUUGUUAUGCACGAUGGCCUGCUGUCCUUCAAGUCUGCCAAAUCUUGGCAUGAUGGUGAGAUGAACGCCCAUCUGAAGAACGCGCUGACGAAUUUUGGGUUUCCUGAUUCCGAGGUGCGCGUGCAGGCGUUCGACGAGGACAACAAGCUCAAGGAUAUGGUCGACACUCUCGCGAUGAUGCAGAGCGAGACCUCCAUCCCGCCAUCGAAUGUGCACGUCCUCAUCCUUUGGAGAGGAGAGGAUCUGUGGAAGAUAGACCAGGGCUGGAACAAGCUAACUGGCGAUAUCGAUAUGGCACGAUCUCAAUAUGCCAAGACGACCGCCCGGGAUGCUCUCGAGAAAUACAAUACGAUCUACGGAUCGGUGUCCCUUUGCGGUCCGGUGUCGCCGAGCAUGGUGUACCUUCCGACUCUCCCUGGCCCUCUCUUCGAGAAAUACAGAGAGGAGAUGAGAUCGAUCUGGGACGCGAUCAGGAGAUCCAACCUCCUUACCCUGUCUUUUGACGCUAUCCUGGAAGGUCUGCCAUACCUGAAGGGAUAUCAUAUUAUGCAUGAGUCCAAGACGAUUGGGGUCCUAUGUACCCGCAUUUGCUCGAUGUUCACUCUUGCUGCUCUCGCACGAUUUCCGUCUUACGGGACCCGCCGGGAGUAUGAGAUCGCUGCCGAGAAGAUGUGGGCACGCACCCCAGUCCCGGAAGAGAACUCGCCGGGCGCGGUGAAGGCCAUUGUGCACUCCACUGUGCAGGACCUCAUCGAUGGUGCAGAUCGCGGCGCCGAUCAUCAAGCCGCAGAGACUGUCGACAUGUCUCAGCUAGGUUUCGAUGAUGACGAUGAUGACGAUAUGCCUGACGACGUAGGUCCGACCGCUCCCGGGAAUCCGAUCAAACAGGAACAGGGAACAUUGGCGGAUCUACCGGGUGUUCGUCAUCCGGAUCCGAUCGCGCUGCCAGCUACUCCCGUGCCUGGCGAGGCAAUGCCAGUGUCACCUGGCCUUGCUCCGACUGCCAUGAAUGAUGAAGAAUCUGGCAGCAGUUCCGAUGAGAACGAUCAGCAAGGGGAUGGUGACGCGGCAAUGCCCACAGUCAAAAAGGAGGAGUCCGAUGAAGAGUUCAACGGGCUUCUCGAAGGAAUGACUGAGGAAUUCGCGAAAAUGCCCGCUCCUCGAGAUGCCGAGCGAACUGUCGCUGCCAAUCGGGACGCUGCACGACCGCCUGCCGUGCCCUCGAUUCCUCUCUCUACGAUGAAGAAGCCGAAGCCGGUUGGUGGCGAGGAAGCCGCGGGGCCCACCGCUGACAAUCGACAAGCUUAUGCGCACUUCGAGAGCCAAGUCAGUGAAGCUGAAGCUCGCCGCGAGCAAGCUGCGGCAAUGAAAGCGCAUAUCGCUGAAGUGGCAAAGGGCGCCGCCGGUGUUGAAAAUGCCGAACAUCUUCGAUCCAUUGCCGAUGGGCUAGCCAAGGUCUUGGACCCGAACAUGAGCGAUGACAAUGUGUUUCAGGGUGCCUUGUAUCCCCCGGGUGACUAUGCGCUUGACGCUGUCACGAAUCGACUGGCUCAAGGCAGACGUCGGGUUGAAUCGAACAGCAAUCUCAUCAGGGAGAUGGCCAGCGACCGAUUCACACCUGUGCUCAUCAACCGAGACACUGGUGAGACUGUGUCUGCCAUCGAUGCACGAUGGACUCCAGAGUAUGGAAACAGGGGGGAGCUUGAAGCUAAGGUUGGUGCGAUCAUUUCCAACCUGGAUGCAGUGGUUGCAAGCAUGUCAACCCUCCCUGUGUUCCAUCCGCACAUUCCGUCGACGUAUGGUAUGGCUCGAUCGCUUCUCAACACAUACCAGUCGUUGCAGAUUGCCAUCCGACACCGUGGCAUGGGUGCGAUGUCCUUUGAGCAGAUGGUAUUCAAACCAGAGGACCUUGAGGUUCCGACCCCCGAUGAUUGGCCGGACCUCAUCGUUGACGAGAGAGGACCUCAAGCUGCCACCGGGCUUCGCCAUGCAACGACUGAGUUCCGUAAGCCGGAGGAAGAUCCAGUGCAGAGCCUGAUGGGGCUCACCGAUGACUUGAGCUACGGCACUACUGGUCGAUCUGGGGAUGACAGAUUGUCCCAGUUCCAGCGUAGUAUGGCAGUACAGCUGCGGAACACUGCUGGAUUCCUUGCGAGUGAGUUCCAGAAGCAUGCCCGAUCUAUUGCCGCUUCUUCCUCGCGUCGCAGUGAUGCUUCAGGUGCCCUGAGUAGCCAGGGUGAUGGCGCGGCGGACAACGAUCUUCCGUCCACUGAACAGGUUAGUGUUGCAUCUGAGCGCGCGAUUGCGCCGCCUCCGCCAAACGUGGCUCCUCCUCCUCCGCCUACUGCGGCAGCACCUCCGAGGGCGUCCGAAGAGAGUGCAAAGGAGGAUGACGAUGAUACCAUAAUGGAUGAUGACACGGCCGGUCAGAAACCCGAGCAGAAACCCGAGGAGGACGCAGAUAUGGGUAGCGGGAAGGAGCUGCAAGACGAGGUCCCCGGCAAGGCCCCGCCGCCAGCUGCCCGAACCGCUGAGAGCCCUCCGGAACACGGCCUGCGUUCUAGUCCUCCGAAUGACAUGGUUGCUCAGGGAGCCGCGCUCUCCGGUGCUCGAGGACCGGAAGUCGAUAUUGAUCCGGCCAGCACCACAGCCGAUCAGGCGGCAAAUGAUCCGAGAAACUGCCGGAUCGAGGGCCCUGGUAUCAAGGCGACAACGAUUCAUCGCCCCGAUCAGCUGCCCGAAAGGGGUAUUGACUCCAUUGCGCCGAUCGUGCAGUACGAAAUGACGUCUGUCCCGAUUGCACUGCCAGAUUUCGUCGUUCCGGGACUCGACAUGGGCAUCGAUGACUCCGUCCAUGGUCGAUUGGUCUCUGCGACCUGUCUCCCACCGACUGACGAGCAGCGCAAGUACUCAAGACGCCGAUUUGCUAUGCUGUCCUCGAAUCAGACAGUGUACUUGGGUAUGGCGCUUCACAAGAAACCGCUUAAAGGAGAACACGAUUCUUUCCUCCGACCGGAAUCAUAUGAGGACUGCCGCGAGAUCCAUGAAGCUGUCCGAGCCUACAAUGCCAAGGAGGCGACAUACCGAUCUAUCGGCGGAACAUCAGUGUCAUGCAGCCGAUUGCUCAUCGAUGACGCACAAAAUAUCCCUGCCGCCAGGAUUCCGGACGCAGGCAUGAUCAGUUUGGUGCGUAAGCUGCUGUUCCGAGUGCUGACGCAAACAAAGGAGCGUCCAUCCUCGAAUGCCGUCGGAGCACAGAAUCGCCCCCAGGACAAAGAGAGGGGCGUCCCAUUGUAUUCAUUCCUCGACCAGAGUGGCAUCAUCGCUUUCGAUGUCAUUCCGAUGUACAUGGAACGCGAGAGGGAAUACAUGAAGGCCAACGCUGGCGAGUUCAGCGGCCGGACGCUUCUCCAGACUAGCAUUCUGGACGAUGACGAUAAGCCGAGUGAGCUCACCGUCCAGUGCAUUACGGAAAUUGCUCGAACGGACAACAACCGAAUGUUUGAGUUCUUCUACUCGACGAUCAACGACGAUGGAAGUCCUCAAUUUGUUGGCGUCCGAGCAACCUAUGGUUUCGGUCCCGAUAACUUCAACCGAUUUCGAUUGCUGAUCAAGUGUCAGCACGGGCCAUUCACUCAGCUCGCUCAAGAACAUUAUGUCAAUGGCGAGAGGAGACGAAAUGUGGCCCGAUAUCAUCCCCAGUACGGAUGGGGAUGCGCAACGAUUCGCGAGUUCUUCGGAUACAUGAACGAUUGCAAGCUCAACCCCCCAAAGGGGCAGCUCUUCCUCACACUGCUCCCGUAUGCCCCUGGAUCUGGGAAGAACAACGAGUGGGAAGAGGUGUACAUGAACGUCCGAAUGAACCCGAAACGUGAGACGCUCUCGAACACCGCGUCAUCACAAAGCAUGCUCCCCGAAGGUAUGGGAUCCAACCGCAUGAUUGUGUUCGCGAUUGAUUUGCACAUGAUUGCAGCAGGUAUCAAUCCGAUUGCAUUCCAUCCGAGAGGGUACUAUGCGAUCAAGGACAGUAUCCCUCUCGCAUGUAUGCCGAUUGCAUACUUCAUGGAUACGGGAUCUCUAGUGUUCAACACGGCCUUCAAAUACAUCGGAGGCCCGACGUUUGGCACUGGACCCAAGAGGGGAGACCACAGACGAGAAACGUGGCCACUAGCUAGCUUCGACUGCCCCAUGUGCGGAGCUUCAUUCCCUGUUGGUCUCCAUAUGUGUCACUCUUGCACUAAGCCGAUUCACUAUCCUGAUGGGAUGUUCUACGCCGAUCCUGUGAACCCCUUCCAGGUCGAAUAUUACGGAAGUCAUGCUGAGUGGCUCAAUGAUCUGAUCGAGCGUAACAAGCUCACCGAAUUCCAGCUUCACGAGUUUCCUGCGAUCAAGCAGCUGAGGAAUUUCCCGGUGUCUAGGUCUCUCGCUGAGGACCAUAGGCAGACCGCAUUCUUCGGAGUGCCACCGAUCAAAUGCACCGCUGCUGACACAUCGCCGAAGGAAGUGGAACUGUUCAAGAGAAGCGUGCGCGGUACGAUUCAGGGCGCCAUUCGCUUGGACAUUUCCAUUGAGAGGCUUGUUGCCGCUAUCACUGGCAAGGAAGCUCGAUGUGGAGUAGAAGACUUCUUCAACUCACAGUCGAUCGCAUGUGCUGCCACGAUAGUCAAGCACUUUGGAGCGGUCUUCGCCACAUGUCGCGAAAAGCCGUUGUGCUACUAUGCACGUUGGUCGAUUCACUGCCAGCGCGCAUAUCGAGUCUGCCUGUCGCGAGGGUAUCUAUCCCCCUAUUACACAGGUGUGGCGGUCGAUUAUACCGUCGACCAAGAGAUGGCAGAAAAGAUCCGACUUGCUCAUCUGCCCUUGCAAAACGCCAAUCUGGCGAUGAGGCGGCACAUUCGACUCUCCACCGAGUUUGGAACGUUGGAUGAAUUCCGUGCCACUAUCACGGAUACGCAAAAGUAUCAACGAUAUAUGCGUGUCGACAGUGAGAGCCUUUCCGCGCUCCUGGCCAAGGUUACCCUUACCACAUGCUACGGCAUUCCGACAAAAGGUGAGCCUGGCUAUAUCUCUGACGAUGAAGCAGAAGAGAUCGAAGGAGCCGCAGCGGCAAGCGAGAAGCCCAAGGGGAAAGGCAAAGGGGAAGACGAAUCCAACGUCCAAGCCAUCAACUGGCGUGAGUUGGAUCCCUUAGGACGGAAACUUAUUCCGCAUCACUCUGAUCCCCGAUUCACGAUUAUUGCUGAGGGGAAUACGGCACUCCUUGAUGCAGCCGAAACGCCGGAAGAGACGCGUAAGGAAUUCAAGGAGUUCGUUCGCGAUCACUCUGUCAAGAUCAAAGAAUGCUUUGACGAUGAUCGUGCGACAGAGAAGACAUUCUUCAAUCUUGUUGAAGGUGUCAAGGAUCAGCUUCCCGAUGCAAAUAGCACUGACCCGCUUCUGAUGAAAAGGGCUGAGGACGUCUUCGAGGCUCUCCCCGAUGAACUGGAUGAUCCUCCAAGAGUGUUCGAUGUUGCGGCUCGCCAGGCACGGCGGCGAGACCCUGCACCUCAGCGCAGAGUGCAGGUCACCGAGCAAAGACAAGCGCCGAUCCCCGAGGCUCAUGCCGUUCCCAUUCCUACGGAUGACGAGGAUGAGGAUGAUACUGAGCUCGAUCGAGCGGUACGACCCGAUCCAACAUCACAGCGCACCGGACGAGAGCAUCACGGAGGUGUCGCUCCCGAGACGACUCCGCCACCGCCUCAUAACAUGCCGCCGCCAUCAAAUUUGCCGACUCGAAAAUCACAUCGGCAAACAGGCUACGGCGCCGCCCAUCCUGAUGGAGAACCGUUAAUGGUGUCGGGGAGGGCAGAAUACUCCGAUCGGAUGCGGUUGCCCUCAGUGUUGCGAAUGAAGACUCGGGUUCCGGAGUCGGAUCUGGAUAACCCGACGAUUGAGGACAUCAUUCGCAUGUAUCAUGCGCCGAACACGCUUUCCAUCAUCAGGAAGAAAGCCGCAGCCGUCAUCAUCGCGAUGGGCGCAAAUCCCGAUGACGAUAUUAAUAUGAGGGCGGCUGGCGUUACUGUUCCCCAUACCGGGAAUGCGGGGACGGGGCGAGCAGCAUCGCCUGGGAGUACGUCCGCUGCUACACAGGAGCGGAUUAAUCCCCAGUUCCCGGCACCUAGCGUUCGCACUGCGUCGAAUCCGCCAUCGAAGUUGCCUCGCGAUGAAAAGUGGGCUCCCUCGAUUGCGCGACCAGCGCCAGCUCAGGUGAUCAAAAGUGCAGAAGCACGGGGACGCACGCAACAGCGUGCUGCUGAAGAAACGAAUGUUGCUCCGCCAGCUCCUUCCGAUACUGCCUCUUCGGAGCCGCGAUCUCGAACGAUGGGCCCAGCCAAAGAGACCACGGCUAAGGGCAAAUCCCGAACCGGAUCCAACGUGACAGGCCUCAUCGAUGAAGCUGAUGACACGAGGCAGCCGACGAAGGGCAAAGGCCUGCCGCACAGCUCUGACAAAGAUCAUGUUUGCAACGUCGCAUGUGCGAGAUGGCUCAGCCGCUUUGCGGACAAGAGUGACUUUGCAGCUCGACAGUCACACCUCAUCGGUCUUCGGAGGUCUGGCAACACGACAAAGAAAGACUAA